AUGAAGACACCCUUGGAAGCAUGUAGAGUUUGCUUAGAAAUGAAUGUGAAAUUAAUAUAUUUAACUCGGCAUAGUGCUCUAAACCGAUGUUUUGAAUGUGUUACUGGAUCAAGUUUAAAGAGCAAGCCUGGCUUACCUUCAUAUAUUUGCUUUGAAUGUGAAGCACUGCUGAGAAAAUUCUACAAAUUUAAACAGCAGACCAUGAAGGUUGAGAAAAUAUUGGUUGCUAUUAUACAGAGAUUUGGAGAGUUGGACAAAGACAGUAUUCUUGGCAUAGACAGAAAAAGCUUUAACAUAGAAAGUAGAUUUAGCACUCUUAACUUACUAUCAAUUAAUAUAUAUCCCUUGGACAGCAAAACUGAAAAUACUAUUGAUUCUAAUGAGAAAAACCAUGAGACUAUCCCAGACACUAACAAAAUUGAGAUUAAGGAGGAAUCCUUUUACCAGACAUCUAGUGUAGGGGCUGUCACCACAUUAGAGCAGGGAAUUGAUGAUGCAUUAGAUGAAGAAGCUAUUGAAACAUUAAAUGAUUGGAUAAGUGAUGAUGAACCACUAUAUUUGCAUAUAAGUGAUAAGAAAAAGGAUAAUGACCCUAAAUCAGAUAUUACAGCAUUGCCAAUAAAAGAGGAUGUUGAGGCUGAUGCAGAGACUAAAAAACGCAAGUUGAAGAGGAGGAAGCAAAAAGUGAAAUUGCAAAAAGUUGAGAGGGUACAGCGGAGAGGGACACUCAGAACUGUCAUGAAUUACCCUAAAGAUUCUGUUGAUAUAGUUGACAUCAAGAAUUUUGUCACCUAUGUCAACCUAACAUUGGAAGAGCAAAUAGAAGAGGUUGAAAAGCGUAAAGAAUCUGACAAUUAUAAAAAUUCUGUUUUCAAAUGCGAUCUGUGCUACAAAGGAUUCCUUUAUGAAGAGGCUUGGCAACACCAUAUGAAGAAACACGAUAAGUCUGCAGGUAGCGUUGAAUGUGUCAUUUGCAAAUUACGCUUUAAAAGUCAACAAACACUGAACAAACAUUUGACUGGACACACUGAUAAGUACUUGUGCAACGCCUGUCCUUACGUGUCGAGACACAAAUCACAAGCGAGAAACCACGUUCUCUGGCAUCAAGGCAUCAUGUAUAAAUGUCCAUACUGCGACGAGAUGAUAUCAAAGUGGACCUCAUAUCUAAGUCACGUGCGCAUAAAGCAUCGAUCGGACUACGUGUGCGCACUCUGCGGCUUUUCCUUUGUAUCGGAAGUGGGAUUAAGCCAACACAAAUCGUUGAAGCAUAAGGAUGACACGGAACCAGUCGGAACAGAUAACAGCGAGAAGGAACCGUUUUGCUCUUUGUGCGAAAUUAAGUUCGCUUCCAGCGAGGCGUACAAUAGGCAUACACUUACUUCGAUCAAACAUAAGCAAACUACGGAUAACAAAAUCGGUUGCCUCGACUGCGGCGAAGCUUUCUCGACAGCGGAAGAGAUGCGUUCGCACACGCGACUAAUGCACAAGAAGAAGAAAUGGCCGCACUUGCUCAAGAAGAAGGACAAUCGCACUUGGCCAAUUGCAUGUAUGCACUGUUCCGAAGAAAUACCCGACGCGCGAACGUACUGGGCGCAUUUCAGGCGAUAUCACCCCGAUAAAGAGUAUCCCGUUGAGAAGAAGCACAUGUGCGAUAUUUGUGGGAAAUCCUAUAGGAGUAACGCGUUCCUAAACUACCACAAGUUGACGCAUUUGGAGCAAAGGUGUUUCAAGUGCGAAUGUGGGAAAGCGUUCUUCAACAAUGGAAACCUGCAGAUGCACAAGAAGACUCAUUCUGAGGAACGACCCUACGUCUGCAGCGUUUGCGGAAAGGGUUUUAAGUGCAAGGGAGCGCUGGACAGACAUUUUCGGGGUCACACUGGAGUGAAACCCUACAAGUGCGAGGUGUGCGGCAAAGCCUUCAGCCAGUCGAACAGUUGCAAAGUCCACGUUCGCACCGUUCACCUUAAAGAGCCUUCGCCAUAUAUCAGCCGUUCUAGGCUUGAGAAACGGAACAAAGUUACUGAGAGACCUGUGGUCUAA